UCAUGUUAUUGAAGGCUAUGGACAAACAGAAUGUUGUGGUUUAUCAACAUGUCAACUACUUGGAGAUCCAUCUGUUGGACAUGUUGGUGUACCAGCACAUUGUAAUAUGAUUAAAGCAUUCAGAGCCUUUUGA